AUGUGCUCUCACUCGGACCGUGCGGACUCACAGGAACCGCUGAGGCAUGGACGUGCGCCUGCGGGUGCGGGGCUUCCCGACGCGCACGCCGCGCCGAGCCCCGCGCGCGGCCGCCUGGACAUGCUGCCCAAAGUGGAGACGGAAGCGCUGGGACUGGCGCGGGCGCAUGGGGACCAGGGGCAGAUGCCGGAAAACAUGCAAGUGUCUCAGUUUAAGAUGGUGAAUUACUCCUACGACGAGGACCUGGAGGAGCUGUGUCCCGUGUGCGGAGACAAGGUGUCCGGCUACCACUACGGGCUCCUCACCUGCGAGAGCUGCAAGGGGUUCUUCAAGCGCACGGUCCAGAACAAUAAGAGGUACACGUGUAUCGAGAACCAGAGCUGCCAGAUCGACAAAACCCAGAGGAAGCGCUGUCCGUACUGCCGGUUCCAGAAAUGCCUGAGCGUGGGCAUGAAGCUGGAAGCCGUGAGGGCCGACCGCAUGCGAGGCGGGAGGAAUAAGUUCGGGCCCAUGUACAAGCGGGACCGCGCCCUGAAGCAGCAAAAGAAGGCCCUCAUCCGCGCCAACGGACUGAAGCUGGAGGCCAUGUCGCAGGUGAUCCAGGCCAUGCCCCCCGAGCUGGGCCUCUCCUCCGCCAUCCAGAGCAUCCACUCGGCCUCCAAGGGCCUGCCCCUGAGCCACGCCGCCCUGCCGCCCACGGACUACGACCGCAGCCCCUUCGUCACCUCCCCCGUCAGCAUGGCCAUGCCCCCCCACGGCGGCGGCGGCGGCGGCGGCGGCGGCGGCCUGCAAGCCUACCCGCCCUUCGGCCCCUUCCCCAGCCGGGCCAUCAAGUCCGAGUACCCCGACCCCUACACCAGCUCGCCCGAGUCCCUCCUCGGCUACCCCUACGUGGACGGCUACCAGACGGCCGGCUCGCCGGCCAGCAUCCCGCACCUGAUCCUGGAACUGCUCAAGUGCGAGCCGGACGAGCCCCAGGUCCAGGCCAAGAUCAUGGCCUACCUGCAGCAGGAGCAGGCCGGCCGCGGCAAGCACGAGCGGCUGAGCACCUUCGGGCUGAUGUGCAAGAUGGCCGACCAGACGCUCUUCUCCAUCGUGGAGUGGGCCCGGAGCAGCGUGUUCUUCCGGGAGCUCAAGGUGGACGACCAGAUGAAGCUGCUGCAGAACUGCUGGAGCGAGCUGCUCAUCCUGGACCACCUCUUCCGGCAGGUGGUGCACGGGAGGGACGGCUGCAUCGCCCUGGUUACCGGGCAACAGGUGGAUUACUCCAUCAUCGCGGCGCAGGCGGGGGCCACGCUGAGCAGCCUCCUGAGCCACGCCCAGGACCUCGUGGCCAAGCUGCGCGCCCUGCAGCUGGACCAGCGGGAGUUCGUGUGCCUGAAGUUCCUGGUGCUCUUCAGUUUAGACGUCAAAAGCCUGGAGAACCUGCCGCUGGUGGAAGGCGUGCAGGAGCAGGUGCACGCGGCGCUGCUGGACUACACGGUGUGCCACUACCCGCAGCAGGCGGACAGGCUCGGCCAGCUGCUGCUGCGGCUGCCGGAGCUGCGGGCGCUCAGCCUGCAGGCCGAGGAGUACCUGUACUGCAAGCACCUGGGCGGCGACGUGCCUUACAACAACCUUCUCAUCGAGAUGCUGCACGCCAAGCGGGCCUGA